AUGGAUAAUAAAGACUAUAUACUUAAAAAGUGUAAAAAUUGUAAAAAGAGAAGGCGUCAUAAGGAUAGCAAUGCUCAAAAAUGUAACUUUUGUGACAACUUCAUAUUUAGUGGUAACGAAAUUGUUGAUAAUUGGCUUAUUGAAUUAAAUAAAGCAAAUAGAUAUUAUAAUCCCGCCUAUCAAAAAAAUAAAUUCGCAAGCAAUAUAUACUAG